CACACACAGUACACGGGCAAUGCAAUAGCAAGCCUGAUAUCAGCUGGAUUCGCACUGAUUGCUUGCCAGAGCUUUACGAUGGUCUUCUGCGUGGAUUCUAUUUCCGGCGACUGCUGUGCAACGAUGCUUCCUUGCUGCGCCGCAGAGGCGCCCAGGCGUCCAGCUGAGCCCUCCCAGGCUGACGAGCGAUAUCACUCGUCAUAUCCUGUCCGCACGCCUGGGACAUGAAGUGAGCAGAUCACGACACUAUGCGCUUCCUCGAAGUCGACGACGGCGACGGCUUCCGUCUCACCAGAGACUUCCCCGAGAACGAUAUCUCACGUACCUACGCGGUUCUUUCGCACACAUGGGGUGAAGAUGGGGACGAAGUUAUAUUUCAGGACAUGCAACAGGGGGGCGGGACAGACAAGCCUGGGUUUGGGAAGAUCAGGUUCUGCGCUGAGCGAGCACAAUGUGACGGUAUCAAGUACUUCUGGAUCGAUACUUGUUGCAUUAACAAGAACAACCAGUUUGAGCUUUCCAAAUCGAUUAUCUCGAUGUUUCGGUGGUACCAACGCGCGGAGAAGUGCUACGUCUAUCUCUCGGACGUCCCCCGGGACUCGAAAGAGCCAAUCCGCGACACUGAGGACUGGGAGAAAGACUUCUGCGAGAGCAGAUGGUUCAAGCGCGGCUGGACCUUGCAGGAGCUCCUUGCGCCUGCUUCGGUCGAGUUCUUUUCCAGACAUGGGGUCAAGCUUGGAGACAAGGCAGGCCUAGAGCGGCAAAUACGAGAAGUCACGAACAUACCUGUUGCAGCGCUUCUGGGCAGGCCCUUGUCUUCUUUCACCAAGCAUGAGCGGUUCUCCUGGCAACGGAGUCGGCAGACGAAAGAGGAGGAAGACAUCGUAUAUUCUCUUAUCGGCAUAUUCGACGUGUCGAUACCAGUCCUUUAUGGCGAGGGAAGGGAUCACGCUCGAACAAGGCUGGACCGCGAAAUUGACAUUUCUCGCAAAGGACCGGAUCACGAGUCAUUCUCUGUCACCUUUGCGUCCCCUGAAGUAGCCGAGACCGCACACUUCGUAGCACGGGUAUCCGAAUUACGAGAAAUACACGAGGUGCUAAGUUCCAGUGGCGUCCGGCGAGGUGUAACCAUACAUGGACUAGGCGGGAUGGGCAAGACGCAAUUGGCGAUCGCAUAUGCAAUGCAAUACAAGGACGACUACUCGGCUGUGUUCUGGGUCAAUGCUAAAGACGAAGACAGUUUGAAGCUGAGCUUCGGGAAUAUAGCAAAGCAGAUCGCUCGUGAACAUCCUUCCGCCGACGCAAUGCGUAAUGCAGCCAACAGCUCAGAUCGCGACGAAGCUGUCAAUGCUGUGAAACGGUGGCUCAAUCUGGCGAACAACACCCGGUGGUUGAUCAUCUACGACAAUUACGACAACCCCAAAAUCCCAAGCAAUACAGAUUCAUUCGCCCUCGAUCUUCGUAAGUACGUUCCAGAGUCGCAUCAAGGUUGCUUGAUCGUCACGACUCGAUCCUCAGAGGUUAGAUUCGGUCAACAGAUGCGAAUUCGAAAACUGGAAACAAUAGAGGACAGCUUGGCCAUUCUGUCGCAUAGCUGUGAUCGAAGCCCGUUAGCAGACGACCCCGACGCAGUCAAGCUCGCGAAGAAGCUAGAUGGACUGCCUCUGGCUUUGGCCACUGCCGGUGCUUACCUGCGUCAAAAGUCCAUGACUUUUACAGAAUACUGUAAUCUGUACCAGGCGUCAUGGGCGAAGCUGCAACAGACCAGCCCGUCUCUGGACUCAUACGAAGAUAAGCAGUUGUACUCGACUUGGCAGAUCUCUUUCGAUCAGAUUCAACAAAGAAACGAAGCCGCGGCCCAGCUACUGCGACUAUGGGCGUACUUUGACAACGAAGACAUCUGGUACGAACUUCUCUGCUACAAGCACGCGAAAAGGUACUUCCCAGCAUGGCUUUGUAAGUUGACCGAUGAUGAGCUUGACUUCAACAGUGCAGUUCGGGUCCUAUGCGACCAUGGCAUUGUAGAUGCACAUCCUCCUACGCGUGGACAAACGAACGGGUAUAGCAUGCAUAGCUGCGUACAUUCGUGGACCCGAGAUGUUCUGAACGCCGAACCGGAUGAGCAUUUGGCAAGGACGGCCCUCUUUUGUGUCGCAAACUUCGUGCCGAACACAGAUUCUGCCGAAUGGUGGGUGAUCCAGCGGCGUUUGUUCAAUCAUGCCAACAGGCAGCUUCAUGGGCAUGCGAGUGUUGGAGACGAUGCAAGCUGGGCAUGCUACCACCUUGGUGUGCUCUAUCAGAACCAAGGCAAGCUAGCAGACGCAGAGGAGAUGUACAAUCGAGCACUACCGGGUCACGAGAGGAAACUAGGGCCGGAUCACGAAUCGACUCUUCUCACAGUUUGCAAUCUUAGCGUUGUCUACAAAAGGCAAGGAAAGCUUGCCGAGGCAGAGAAGAUGUGUGACCGAGCACUACAGAGCGCAGAAGGAACACUAGGGCCGGAACACAUGUUGUCGCUUAGCACUGUCCAUAAUCUCGGCGACAUCUAUAGAAAGCAAGGCAAGCUGGUAGAGGCAGAGAAAUUGUACGAACGAGUACUACAACGGGAAAGGAGGACACUAGGGCUGGAUCAUUCGUGGAAUCUUGCUACAGUCAACAAUCUCGGCUUGCUGUACGUUGACCAAGGCAAGUUAGCAGAGGCAGAAAAGAUGUACGACCGAGCGCUGCAGGGGGGGGAGAGGGCACUCGGUCUCAAUCAUCCGUCAACGCUAGACACUGUCUGUAAUCUCGGGACACUCUAUGCAAGUCAAGGUAAGCUGGUAGAGGCAGAGCGGAUGUAUCAGCGGGCGCUGCAAGGCUAUGAGAUGGCACUCGGUCUCGAUCACCUGUCAACGCUAGACACUGUACACAAUCUCGGUUUACUCUACGAGAAACAAGGCAAGCUAGUAGAGGUGGAGGAGAUGUAUCAGCGGGCACUGCAGGGCUCUGAGAGAGCACUCGGACCUGAUCACCCCUCAACGCUAGAGACUGUCCACAAUCUCGGUUGCUUCUAUCGCGAUGGCGAUCAAGGCAAGCUAGUAGAGGCGGAGAAAUCGUUUCAGCAGGCACUGCAGGGCUUCAUGAAGGCACUGGGACCCGAUCACCCGUCAACGCUGGCCACAGUCUUUGAGAUUGGCCGCCUCUAUGCAAAGCAACGCAGGCGGCCGGAGGCGGAGCAGAUGUAUCAUCGGCUAGUUGCGGCGCAGGACAAUCUUUCGACAGAUGUUCGUGAUGAGUUCGCAAUCUUCGAGCAAGAGCUGAGAGCACUGGGAGUGGAAAAAUUUCCACUACGAAGACUACAAGGAUCUAGUUCAAGCCAAGAGGAAGACGAUUUAGAAACAACCGAUCAGAGUCGGUCGGAUGAAGUACAAUCACACGAUGGAAGCCGGUCCGAUGAUUCACAAACAUCUGAUCAAGGUGCGAUUGAAGUGGGACGAGCAUCGAGAAAACGCCAAUUCGAAGAGCCGCAAGAAUCAAGAAAACGCCUAUGCGAAGUCCCACGAGUGCCCGAUCAACGCCGGUAUAAUUUACGGACUACUCGCCCACACUCCAGCAAGAAGUGAUACUCUUGAUGAUGUGGACCGGAGAUGUAGGACCAGCUGAAUUGCGACUUCGUCUGCGCGUUCCGCAGAGCCCAUCUUUGUUGACAAUGAGCAGGGGAGUGGCCUGGCAGAUUUUGUACAUUACAUCUGCAACGACAAGGAUCAAUACCGGAGGCGAGAAUAAAUGCUGAUCAUCGAGGGAAGAGCAGCGUGUCUUGGAAGUUGCAUCCUCGCGAUGCCUGAUGGGGAAGGCAUCGGGUCUGCUUCGUACUGCAAUUAGCAGUCCCAGCCAUGAGAACGUUGCUUAACGGGCAUCGAGCGACAAAGGUCUGGAGUGGCAUUUGCGGCAAGGUACAGGGAUCUAAAUUUUCAUAUGCAGGCCAGAGAAGUUGCUUCAUUGAGACCCGGUGAACGUCGAAGGCAGCGAACAGCAGGCCUCUUGCGCUUGCAUUCUUCAAUGGUAUUCAUGUCGAUUGUGGGACAUGACAAACAUCAGUCAAUGGCGAAGACACAGAUUAAUGCAGUAUUGGAGACGGAAUGGGACGCGAGGCAGAACGUUUAUACAACAAAGAGAUAUUGCACUCUCG